UCACGUGAAUGUCAUAACAAAAUGAAUUUUUCAAAACAGACUACAGAGGCACCCAAAGAAAUCAAAAUCACCUCAAAAUUAACAUUUCGGUUUGGAUUUUAUCAUAAUUGAAGAAAGCGUGAUUUGGUGAUAAACAAUAAUAAAUUCCGUUCUGAAUCCAGCACUUUCAUAAACUCAAAUAUCGCAGAAGCUUGUGUUCAAUGUCGGAUGAAAAUCCAACCGAAGGGAAUACAAUCACAACUGAAAACACUUUGGAUGAACUUGAAACACCGAGAGUUCUAGGACAAAAUAUAGCGGUGGUCACAUUUGAAAAUACGGUAAGGAAGCCAAAAAAGUACAAGGGUAAAAAGCGUAAGAAGCUAAAAGUUUUUGAUACAAAUCAAAAUACAAACACCAAUACAUGUAAUUUAAAUACUGAUAAUGAAGUGGUUGAACUAAACGAUGACUGUUUCAAUACCCAAACUAGCAAUUGUAAACAAAUUAUAGGAGAGGAUAAUAAGAUAAAUACAUUCAAAAAUACAUUCAUACAAAGUGAACAAAGUUUUCAAACGAAAUUACAAGAAAAAUACGCUAAGAAACUACAAACAAGGCUUUCCGAGUCAUCAAAUCAACUUACACCAGAGGAAUCCAGAAAAAAGGCAAAUCAAGAACUUCUUGAAGGUCUGUCUUCUGAUAUUAGAGAAGUUGUCAGAGAAAACAUUCGACAAAACAUGAAUGAACAGAUAAAUAUGUUUAGCGACGAUCAAGGGUCUAACAGGCUUCCAGCAGGUAUCCCGAAAACUUUUUUGAUUCAUCAAAAUAAAAUUGGCGCCAUCGAACCACAGAAAGCGUUUCCGAAUAACCCGCCGGUAUCACGAUGGGACAGAAAAACGCCGUUGGAGCAACCCGUUCCUGGAUACGAGGCACAAAAUAUGUCUGUCAAAACUGCCAAGGCCGACAAGGGCCAACGCCAAGUAUAUUCUCCGACAAAUAAUGAAGACCGUGAAGGCUCCGAAUCCCCAGACAUGCUGGAACAAGGUCAGAAGCGACUCAGCGCUUUCGAAAGGCUAGGACCUCUCGCGCAACCGAAGAAGCCUAAGCUCACCAUCAACCUCAGUUUGAGCAAGGACCAAGAUGUUAGGGAAGUUGUAGAAAUUAAAAAAGAUGUCCCAGUACAUGACAACGAGGAAAUAGUAAACAGCACGGACGAAACCGUCAUCAAGUUUCUGCCAGUUUGGCCGUGGAAGCAACAGGUAGUUGCCAAGAAAACUGUCACCGUCAGAACUUCGAAGACUGUCAUGAUGAUGGAACAAGAGCAAAUGGAGGAAAUAUACGCCACGGAGAAAGAUAAUGCUUAUUUUAUGAUCGCAGUAAAAGGAUACCCGCCAUCUUGGGCAAAAGAAGAUGUACUGGAUACGAUGCUUGAUAAUUUAAAAGGAAAAAGUUUUGUUCCUUUAUUUAUAGAGUUCAACUCAAAAGAGUGCAAAUUCUUCGUAAUUCGUUGCCGAGGCGCGCUGCUAACGAUACAUUGGCUCGGCUUCGUGAUGCGCAAAGACGAUGUGGAACUAAAGAUCUCUAUAUCCCUUAGCAAUAUCUCUAUUAAAAAGCUGGAUUUCAACCCGCGAGCUGUGAUCAAGAGACGUAUUGCUAUGAACUAUGAUGGCGAGCGGGUGUUGGAUUUGAGCGAGUUUACGCUUAAAUAUGAUAUAAGCCAUUUCAUUUACUUCCCGCUGAAUCGGUCCUGGAACCAAGACGAGAUAGUACGGAUACAAAGCGAUGUGGUUUGGGAAUAUCUCACCGAACUCAAUUUGUCUCAUAAUAAGAUCACAUCACUCGAAGGUUUCAACUUAGAAUUGACAACACCUCGACUAAGGACCCUCGAUCUCUCGCACAAUUGUAUAGAAAAUAUAAAGCCGUUGCUGCAAUGCCGACAACUGCCUCUAAAGCGACUGCAUCUGGAAGGAAACCCGCUCUGCACGGACUACACGGAUCCUGAACGUUACGUCACCGUCAUGAAGACUAUAUACCCCACUUUGAGGGAACUGGACGAUAUACCAAUAGUUCUCAAGGGUGAAAUGCCUAAUUUCCAAAGAAACUACUGCCCACCCGACGCGAUGGUGGUAGUGGAGAAGUUUCUAGAAAUAUUCUUUCCCUUGUUGGAGUUACCGCGUGAGGACAGGGCAGACAUACAGUCGAUGUAUUCCGACAAAGCUGUUAUGACCAUCACUUAUAGGAACAGAAUGCGUCACGACCCAACAUUCAAAGACGCGCGGAACCUCCUAAUCAAGAGUCGAGUGUUGCUGGAAGGCGAUUGUGACGAGGUGCACGGCGCGAGCAGCAUCGUCAAACUGUUGAAGAAGUGGCCCAAUAUACAGCACGACCCGGCCACCUUCACUGUCGAUGUUAUGUUCCACAGCGAAUCAUCAACCGUCGUCCGUAUAAACGGCAUCCUCAAACUAACCGCCGAAUCGUUGGCCGAAGACGAAACCCUACUAGCGUUCACUCGCACCAUACAUUUGCACACCAAAAACGGAAGCGAAUACAAAAUAUACAAUGAAAUGCUGUACUGGGACAAGCCCACCCAUGAGUUUUCUAAAAGGGCCUUCCAGAUGCUCUCGGUCCCAAAAAAAAACGUACUGGAUAUUAAAUUUGAAUCACCUCCAGACGAUGACACUAAAGAGCGCCUCGUGGAAAUUUUCAUGAAAAUAACAGAGUUAGAAAAAUUGCCGAGUGAAAGGUGUUUGGAAGCAAAAGAUUGGCAUAUGAAGCACGCCCUUGAAUAUUUUAUGAAGCUUCUUAAGUUAGAUAACUUACAGAAAAUAAUGACUUAAAGAAUAAUGAAUUCAUGAAUUUUGAAAUAGUUAAAUAUCUAAAUAUGUCUUGACUCUACAAAUAUUAUUAUUUCAGUCCUGAAUAAUUUGUAAAUACUAGUUGUAAUUUAUGAAAUAAAAAGCUUUUACUUUA